GAGCGCGGACGUACGCCGCGUAUUAAUAGCCACGAACGGUCACCGCAACCGAGGGCGGCCCUACGCGAGUUGAACCACAACCGCGCUCACAGACGCACGCGUCGAACGCAUCAUCGAAACUCAACCGACCCGGUACGCGUAAACACAUCUCGUUCUACAUACGAAACAGAAAAGCGAAACUGAAUUCGUGAUUCCUAAAAAAUCGAAAAAAACACAGUCGAAAGCGAGAGGGACGUGCGUGUGCCGAUCGCGUAAACACACGCUGCGAAAAAGUCCCGUCAGUGAAACUAGUGAAAAGUUUUUUAAAGCGCGGGGGAGCCACCCCUUGACGCCGGAAAAAAUUGGCCCCUCACGUCCCUCGCCCGCCCGCCGCCGCCGAACUUUUCAUUCACUGGGAAAAAAAGUGUGGCAAGGCCGCCGUGACGUCACAGCGUCAAGUGGCCACGCGCGUUCCCUAGCAACCGGUGUCAUCGCUCGUCUUCAGAAAGUAGCGGUUCGUGGGGAACGUUAAGGUGACAGUGAUGGGGGAAUUCAGUGGUGAUGUAGUAUCGGCACGGUGGUUGUCGCCGGCGUGGAGAGAGCAGUGACAUGUAGCCAAGGUCGGGAGGACGGUGGACUAUAUGUGCAGCACGCAGCGCAGGGUGCCGAGGAUGCACCUGACGGGCGCGAGCAGCGGCGCCAUGUCGCCCGACACCAGCUCCACGCUGCUUCACGAGACCUACACCAAGAUGACGUCUGACAUCCUCGCCGAGCGGACGCUCGGGGACUUCUUGUCGGAGCACCCGGGCGAGCUGGUGCGGACGGGCAGUCCCCAUUUCGUGUGUACAGUGUUACCGCCUCAUUGGCGGUCAAAUAAGACGCUGCCGGUCGCGUUCAAAGUGGUAGCUUUAGGAGAUGUCGGUGAUGGGACGCUGGUGACGGUGAGAGCUGGCAACGACGAGAACUGCUGCGCGGAACUCAGGAACAGCUCAGCCGUGAUGAAGAAUCAGGUGGCCAAGUUCAACGACCUGAGAUUCGUGGGGCGCAGUGGGCGCGGCAAGUCGUUCACGCUGACCAUCACCAUAUCAACGUCACCCCCGCAAGUGACCACGUACAACAAAGCCAUCAAGGUGACGGUGGACGGGCCCAGGGAACCGCGCUCUAAGACCAUGUUGUCUCUCCUAGGGCAGCAGCAGCAGUUCCACUUCGCGUUCGGCCAGCGGCCGUUCCCGUUCCCGCCGGACCCGCUCGGCGGGUUUCGGAUGCCGCCCAUCACUACCUGCCAAAAUAUGAGCCAAUUCGGGCUAAGUUCAAGCAAUUCGCACUGGGGUUAUAGCGGCGCUGGCGCAUAUCCGGCGUAUCUGCCGUCUUGUGCCGCACCGGCCGCGUCUCAGUUCAACCCGCCAGCACUGGGGUUCGCCGGAACCGUGCCGGAUCAAACGCCUUCGCAGGAGUUCUCUGCUAACAAUACAGUAUUACCAGACACAACGGGCGUGGACUUGGACCAGCAGCUGUCCGGCCUCGUCGGCUCCUCGCCCUCGCACCACGGCACCCUCCUACCACGGUACAACAACAACGCCGACUACAGUCUCUCCACCGGCCCCCGGUCACUUAGCGACAACAGCUCGCAACCCGAGUCGCCAGUUCAGGACGACUUACUCACCUCCAACACGACCACAAACGUCGGACACAAUCACACUAACACCACAAACUUCCCCUCCAUAAUGGGAUCUCAAAACUCCUCGUACGGCAGCAGUAACUGCAACAAUUCGCUAUACCCCGUCCUCCCGGCAAGUUUGCUAUACAGUCAGUUGUAUACUGCCGCGAACCAAACACACAAUUUCCAUCCGCUGCACUCGAAUUCGAUUCAUUCAACGCAGAGUCAUCAUAAUGAAUUGCAGACGAUGAUGGAUCAGAUAUCGUCGACGACAAACAAUCAUAGGCAUGGGAAUCACGGACAAGAUUUGUUAUUAGGCGGUGGGAAUUCGUGCGCGGCGGCCGCGGCUAGGGGAGAAGACGGCAGAGUGAGCAAUCUCGGGCAACGUGGGAACCCCCAGCCUGACAGCAACACGGUGUGGCGACCCUACUAGAAUCGGCGUGACACUUCUUUCUUUGCGACUACUUUAAUGCGAUAUAGUGGACAUUAGCAACGAAGUUGUGAAGUUUGAUAGAAUCUGUAAAUUUGUUGACUGUCGAAAAGUGGUUUUACAUUUUUUGUCGGAUUUGUUUAUUAUUGAAGGAAGAAGAUGUCGCUUACGACUUACGAGUAGGUUUAAAUAGAGCAACGAAAUAGAUGUCGGUAUCGACGUAUUUUAAUUACGUGUAAAAAUUUAAAGUAUGGGUUGUCCGAUUAGUGAAUCUCUGUUCUUGAAGUUCGGUCCCGUCCUAAAAUAUACGACUUUGAUACAAUUAAAAGAACGCGGCCAUUUAUGCGGUACUACAAAAUAUACUGAGCCUACAUUAUAUACGAAAAUGAAUUUGAACACCUACCAGCAAACAUCUAGU